GAUAUCCUGCAAUAUCCACUUGACAUGGAGUGUGUACGUUGUUGUAUCAGCUCUCAGGAAAACUUCGCCAACCUGCGAAAUGCCGGUCUAGGUUAAGCAGCGUCGUUUAUAUACAGAGUACAGCAGAAAACAGCCGGUUUACUGCAACUGUAUCUGUAGACCGGCGUGUUGACAAGUCGCUGCGGCGAUUAGCCGGUGUUUGUUGCAUUGGGUUCAAGUGCACUAUCCAGCUGAACAUGUCAGCACUGCCCCGCAUACUUUUCCGGCGUGGAGAGGCCAUUAAGGAAGCACUGAUAGCGGUCUAAGUAUAUGCGCAUCGAGUGCCGAUAAUAUGGUUCCGUCUGAUGAUGGACAAGAUAAUUAAAUAAAGACACGCGUCACUCCGCAACAAUUGCCGGCAUUCGUUAUAGUUUUAUUGCUUGUGGUUUAUAUUUAUCUCGGCAUUUGGUUGGGACGGUGGAAUAUUUUGUUUUGAGCAAAAUGGCAACACAGACGCAUGCGCAUGCGACGGCGGUGAAUGCGGGAGACGCGCUGGCCAAGACAGCGCAACCGUGCUGGACGGCGUCGUUUCCGGUCCGCGCCGGGGACGUGCUGAUGCGCAACGAGCCCUGGCUGUACUCGCUGCAUCCCGAGAAUUUCCAGGAUUACUGCUAUCGAUGUUUCCUCCCGUUUUCCAAGGAAGCACCGUUGGAUUUUGAAGAUCUUCAUAAGAAUGGGGAAUCUAAUGGAGGCGACAGAGACCACUUUAAUCAGAAUAUUCUGUGCCCUGGAUGCGGAAGCGUACGAUAUUGUUCCACAGAUUGCCAGACCGCGGACAAAUCUCAACAAUGGCGCCACGGAAGCGAAUGCGCUCUCCUCAAAUCGUUGCGCGCCAAAACUAUCGCGCCGCAGCAUGAUUUACUGCUCAUACUCAAACUUAUCGCGCGCCUACAAAACUCCAAAACCGAUAACAAGUUAAAAUCACCGAUGCUGUCGAACCGGAAGUUGUCGAUGGCCCGCUGUGACCGGCGAGGGGGCGUGCCGGCAGCGUCCAAUCACGCGGCGGAGCGGGAUUACGCUCGGUUGGUGUCGCAUGCGGAGGACAUUCUCGGCAGCGAAGUGUGGAUGAAGGAUGUGCAACAGCUGCGGCAGUUGUUGGCGAUGCUGCUCUGGGAGGCCGACGUACCCGAUUUACGCAGUUUGGCGGAGAUGUACGGUAAGCUGAAGAUCAACUCCUUCGACAUCAGCGACAAACACCAGCGACGACUCGGAGAGGGUGUGUAUUUGGAGGGAUCGCAAUUCGACCACGCUUGCCAGCGAAACGCGGUGACCUACUUCGACGGACUAACCUUGGUCGUCAAGGCCGUUGACGACAUCAGCGACUUAUCGCAAGUGCGGCUGGCCUACACGGAGAUCUUUACGACCACGGCCAUUCGGCAGCAGCAUCUUAAGAAGUGGUACUUCUUCCAGUGCACUUGCGCUUUGUGCGCCGAUCCACACAAGCAAGCGGAACUGGAGUGCAUUCUGUGCUGCACUCCUGCUUGCCAACGCGCCAUUCCCUUGAGCUUCGAUUUUGAUCACCGCGAAGAAGACGCCUGCGCAGACUGCGUAAAUUUUGUGGACCAUCAGCUGUCCCUUCUCGAAGCCAACAACGACGCCACCGCCGAUGCGGAUCCCGGUCCUUCCUGGAGCGACUUCAACUGGCAUGAUGAGAUCGCGCAGCGCAUGCGGUUAACACGCCGCUUGCUGGCGAUCGAUCAGCGACAGCACGAGAAGAUACACCGCUUCUUGAAUGACGAAUCUCGGAUGGAGCCUGCCGAACGGGAGAAGGUGCUGGAGGAAGUGGAGCACCGGUGUCGGAGGAUGCUGGAGACGGCGGAGCUUUUGCUGCAUCCCAAUAACUGGAUGCGUUGUUUGACUCACAACAUGUUAGGAAAAGUACUCCUGGCCAGCGGAAACGAAGGCAAGCGGAAAGAAGCGGCGGAGGCGUUUGCACUGUCGCUGCCCGGAUUGCGACAAGGCGUCUGCGCUAAUGACCCGCGUUUAGGACUCCAGCUGCUGCUGUCAGCUGUUCUGCCGUUGACCGUUUCCGAGUGGGAAGAGAAUAGACCCUCCGAUGCGCUGUCGACGGUGCGAACCUACGCUCACGAAGCCAAGGCGAUCUUUGCGACGUGCGCCGAGAAUGAUGACCUUUUUUAUCGCAUCGCGGAAAGCCUGUGCCUUUUAUGCGAAAGACGGCAGUUGCACGCCAACGGCCAUGGAUUGACCACGGAGCGGCAGGAAUGGCUGCGCAAGACGUUGGAAUUACUGACUAGUGUUGUUUGUCGUUCGUUGUUCCCAGUUAUUUACUGAGAAACGCACUUGUUCUAUUAAUUUAACUUUGAAAAAAACUUUUAUUUGCAUCUGUACACAAAAGCAAAAGGACGGUUCGCUCUAGUGAACUGGAAUCUGGCUGCUGCUUAAUUGAAUUCAGCGUUACGGCAGUCGGCAGAUAUCCGCCUAUAACUAUAAUUAUCAACAUAAAAUAACUAUA